AUGUCAACCCACGAUACACCCGACGAAAAAUUAGAAGAAGUUUCACCACACCGCCAGUCAACUCCGAAGAAAUCGAACAGACCUUGGAGAAUCGAUAUGGCAGAAGCAGUCGGUAGAGCCACUGUGAUUCGAGACUUGAUCGUAAGAGAGGUCAACGAAGUAGUCAGCUACGCACACAAAUUACUCGCAGGGCCAGCGAGAGACGUAGAAACACUGCAGGCGACUCUGGAUUUCAUGACAGAUCAUCUCAAGAAACUGGACGAGAGCAACGAGGAAGUCUGGCUCACGAUCUCAGAUAUGAAAAAACUCACCGAAGAUCGAGCCGCCCAAAACACAUUGGCACUCCAGACUAGAAUCGUCAAAUGCAAGCUGAAGCGAGCGAUCGCUGAGGUGGAUACACGACGGACGGUCGAGAACAACAAUCCGGAGGCGCAACACCAGCCAAGAUGUCAGGAGACAUUAAAGAACGCACGAACGCUAGAACCAUUGAAAAUGGAUCGUUUCGACGGAAAAUUGGAAAAUUGGCUCCCAUGGUGGUCUCGCUUCACUGAGCGAAUCCACAAUGACGCCAAACUCAGCGAUAGGACGCGAUACGAUUACCUCCUUCAAUAUUUGUCGAAAGAGGUUAGGGAAAGGCUCAAGACGAUUCCGAUAGACGAGGAGUUUUACAAGGCCGCGGUCGACCGAUUGAAGGCAGACUUCGGCAAUACGGAGAAGCUACGGAACUUCUACACUCAGCAACUGAUGAGUAUCAAGCCUAUCGUCUCUCGAUACGAUGUCAAUAGUAUUCGAGAGCUCAUCCAGGUCGUACGAAUGAGCAUGAUAGCCCUAGCCAAGAUAGGAAUGCCACAGGAAGCUAUCGCCCCUUUCGUUUUUCCCAGGAUCAAAGAGAGCCUACCAAUCGAAAUAUACCUUGAGUUCAAAGCAGCGUCGCGCACCGACAGAUCCGAAAACGAAACUGCAUCGUCAAUAUCGACGAUGGCAAGCUGCGAAUUAUUGGACCGUCUCCUGGACUUCAUGGAGAAGUUCGUUACCGACCUCGAGGACAUUGAGGAGCGAAAGCUUCAACAAGCACAAAAUGCCAACAGCAGGAAGCUAGCUCUAGUACCGACAUCGGUCGCCUUGAAGACAGAAGUCAAACCGCUACUAGUAAAGAGGACCGAUUCAUCUCGGACGAGAUUCAAGGCUGACACUGAAAACCCGACACCACAGACGUGUUUUUUCUGUAAAUCGAACGAACACCGAACUCAAUCGUGUUCAGACGAUUCGACCAGUACCCAACAGAAGCGAGAAAGCCUCAUCAAAGACAACAGAUGUUGCAAAUGCUCUAAGAAGGGACAUCGCGCCGCAACGUGCCGGAGCAUUCCUCUCUGCACCAAGUGCAAUCGAAGGGGUCAUAUGACACCUUUGUGUAGCCCGAUGACCGCAUUUACGGCGCACUGCAGCAACGAAGAAAAAAGUUCCGAGUCUCAUUCAUGCAAGGAUUACCGAGAAUCCAGCGAAUACUACAUAACGGUGACAGCAGUCGCCAUCGGACCCACCGGCAAACGACGACGAGUGCGUAUACUUUUCGACUCAGCUUCACAAAGAUCCUUUAUCCGAAACAAAGUCAUCGAACAGCUCGGGUUCAGCAUGAAAUCACUCGACAAGAUCCCAGUCUCACUCAAGAUGUUGAAUCAAGCCACAGUUCUGACGGAAACAGCCCUAGUAGAUUUGAGACUGCAGAAUAACGAGGGACAUACCACCGAAUGGUUCAAAUUCUACACCUUAGACCGGAUCUGUAGCGAUCAGGUCCAGCCCGAAGUAGAUCAACGUCUGAUGAGACAACUCGCCGGAUUAGGCAUAAACUUAUCGGAUGACCACGAUCCCAAAUCUCCGAUAGACAUCUUGGUAGGGGCAGACCAACUGGUCAGUGUGCAAACUCAUAACGCACAUAGGCUUCAGAAGACUUUGGAGGUUGUCGAAACCGCAUUCGGAUGGGCCUUGUUCGGAUCAAGGAAACAUUCGCAAAUAAGGGAGUUCACAGCAAAUCAUGUACAAAUUUCGUGUCUACAGUGUGCGAUUCCGCGAAUGGUGCCCAUGAAUGCAGAAAAGCAGCUCGAUCAGCAAUUCCGCAGAUACGUAGAAGCAGAGGCAAUGGCUAUCGAAGAGGAGCCUCGGAACAGCGAUGACCAGUUCAUCGAAGAGUUCAUGGAGAAGGUUGAAUUCGAUGCUGAGGCUCAUAGAUUCAUCGCGGGCCUGCCAUUCAAGGAGGGGCUCCGACCCGGA